AUGUCGAAGCGAGGAGCGGGGGGGCGGGCGAAGGGGGAGCGACCGGAUGCCAUGGCAACCCUUCAAGCAGCCAAUGAGGAGCUGAGGGCCAAACUGACAGAUAUCCAGAUAGAACUACAACAGGAAAGGAACAAGGUGAGCCGUCUGGAGAGAGAGAAGAGUCAGGAGCUGAAGGCGGAGCAUCACCGGGCAACAGUCGCCGUCACAGAGCUGAAGACCAAACUCCACGAUGAGAAGCAAAAGGAGCUAGCAGUUACCAGGGAGACAUUACUACGGCAACACGAGAUGGAGCUAAUGAGGGUUAUCAAAAUCAAAGACGGAGAGAUUCAGCGUUUGAAUGGACUGGUGCUAACACUGAGGGAUGGAUCAACGGACAAGGUGAGGAGCGCUCUGCUGGCAGAGGUGGAGGAGGCGAGAAGGAGCUGGGAGGUGGAGCGUUGUCGCCUCCAGCAGGAAGUUCAGGAGCUGCGGGGAGCAAAGAGGUACGCUGAGGAGGCUCUGACAUCAGCUCAGCAGGCCUGCCAGGCCCGAGCAGCUGAACUGCGAUCAGCUCAUCACCAGCACCAGGAGGAGCUGAACAGAACCAAGAGAGAUUGUGAGAGGGAGAUCCGCCGACUGAUGGAUGAGAUAAAACUGAAGGACAGAGCUGUCAGUGUUUUGGAUAAAGCCCUGGGGCUGCAGGCUGGACAUGCUCACCGCCUCCAGCUGCAGACUCAGGCAGCCGAACAGCAAAUCGCAGCCCUGAGAGAUGCACAGAGGGUGGGACUAAACCACCCUGGCCACGCCCCUAGCUCCACCCCUAACACUACUCCUCACAUUGAAGACCGGGACACUCGGAGGUUUCAGUUAAAAAUUGCUGAGCUCAGCGCUGUUGUCAGGAAGCUGGAGGAUCGAAACGCUCUGCUGUCUGAAGAACGCAACGAACUGCUGAAGCGUCUUCGAGAGGCAGAGAGUCAGUUUCUUCCUCUUCUGGACAAAAACAAACGUCUGAGCAGGAAAAACGAGGAGCUUGCUCUUGCUCUGCGUCGCCUUGACAACAAGCUUCGCUUUGUCACCCAGGAGAACCUGGAGAUGCAGCAUUUUAUUUGUCAUCCACAGAGGAGACCGAGUUCAUUAAAUGACCUGGACCGCAGCCACUCCACCAGUUACCACGGUUACAGCCAGGAGGAGAGAGAGAUGGAGUUUCUACGGUUACAGGUCAUGGAGCAACAACACAUCAUCGACGACCUGUCCAAGGAGAGAGACAUGUUACUGAGAUACAGACUUCAGGAGUCAAUGAGGAGGAAACGAACCUUCAGAGCCUGCAGGGUCAUAGAGACGUUUUAUGGUUAUGAUGAAGAAGCGUCGGUGGAAUCUGAUGGAUCAUCUUUGUCUUUUCACACUGACAGAACUCCAGAUACUGAACCAGAGGAGGUGUGUAUGCGAGAGGAGGCAGAGCUUCGUUACCGUCAGCUGACUCAGGAGUAUCAAGCGCUGCAACGAGCUUAUGCUUUGUUGACGGAGACAAGCGGAGGAAACUACGACGCAGAGAAGGAGAUUAAGACCAGAGAGCAGCUGCUGACUGAAAUCAGUCGAUAUCAAACCAGAGUUGCAGAUCUGGAGUCGGCACUGAAACAACAAGGACUGGAUGUGAAGUGGGUGGAGGAGAAGCAGGCGUUGUAUCAAAGAAAUCAGGAACUGGUGGAGAAGGUGAGGCAGAUGGAAGGUGAAGAGCUGCGACUGAAAAAUGACAUCCAAGACAUCAAAGAUCAGAACGAGCUGCUGGAGUUUAGGAUCCUAGAGCUCGAGGAGAGGGAGAGACGCUCACCUGCCAUUAACUUCCAACAACUCCAUUUCCCAGAAGGCCUGAGUCCUCUGCAGAUCUACUGCGAGGUAGAGGGAGUCACUGACAUUGUGAUCAGUGAAUUGAUGAAGAAACUGGACAUUCUGGGAGAUAACGCCAAUCUAUCCAAUGAGGAGCAGGUGGUGGUGAUCCAUGCCAGGACGGUUCUGACUUUGGCAGAGAAGUGGUUGGAGUCCAUUGAAGUGACGAAGUCGGCUCUGCAGCAGAAGAUGUUGGACAUUGAGAGUGAGAAGGAUCUGUUCAGUAAACAGAAAGGUUACCUGGAUGAAGAGCUGGACUACAGGAAGCAGUCGAUGGAUCAGGCUCAUAAGAGGAUCCUGGAGCUGGAGGCCAUGUUGUUUGAGGCUCUGCAGCUGGAGGACGAAUCAAGGAUGGAGGGAUUCAAGAUUGAGGAGGGCCGUCUCUCUGAAACUCUAACGGAGGAAGAGAGGGAGGGGCUGAGGAGAGCCAUGGACCAAUGGAAACGAACAGUGAUGUGCGAGCUGAGAGAGAGAGAUUCCCAGAUCCUAAGAGAGAGGAUGGAGAUACUGCAACUCACACAACAGAGGAACAAGGAGCUGGAGGAGUUUAUAGAAGCCCAGAAACGACAGAUUAAAGAGCUGGAGGAGAAGUUUCUAUUUCUGUUUCUAUUCUUCUCUUUGGCCUUCAUCCUCUGGUCCUAACAGCAGCUGUGUCUACAGGCCUCCAGAGUCCAGCAGCUGACACUCAGCGGGGUCGUGUCAGUCAGGAGGAUUCAGAAGGAUUCAGGGUUUGGAACCAGCAGCUUACUGACUGAGGCAUAUUGGCUUCACUGCCCCACUCACCAGCCUCUGGCUGUUGUCAGCCAAUCAGAGCAGAGCCCAGCUGUCAGCUGACUCUACACCAUCACACCCUCCCAGAAUGUCACUUUGCUGCUUCAGAGAUGUAGAGAUUGAUAGGUUCAGUGGCGACAGAAAAACAUUGUGUUUCAGAUGUGUGAAAACCUUCACUGGUAACACGCUAACUAGUUUCCUGUUAUCUAUCAUUUACCAGAAAGUUCUGGGUUAGACACCUGAUAUGCAGCUGAUAAACACAUUCUGGCCUCAGCAGGCCAGCUGGACCAAAGUGGUGCUAGACUUAAUACAGUAUUAGCUAAUUUAGCUGGACUUCUGUCAGAUCUGGCUAAAAUAGCUGCUCUCAUACAGUGUUCGCUCAGCCACCUGAUUUUAAACAUUGCUAGCUAAGUUAGCUGAAUUCAUACAGUUAACUCAGCUGGUUGACUUCAGUGUUAAGGUAGUUGUCUGAGGCAGUUACACUUAACUAAUUGACUGUCAGUUAACAAAACUGCAGUGUGAGAGGCAGAGCUUCAUAAACUACAGAAGAAGUUCAGUAAAGUUGUUGCUAAGUUACCUUGAGGAGUUCACACAGUUGAAUCACAGUAGACACUUGAUUGAAAACGCUAGCAACUGUUGUUAAAUGGAGAUUCUUGACUGUCCUGACAUAAGUUCAGCUGAAUUAAACUUUGUUCUGAUUGGCUGCUCCACCUGUAGACUGGAGAGCUUCUCAGCUCCACUCAUGAAUCUAAGGUUACAGUGUGUAACCUUCAUGUAGUUUCAGCCCGUUUGGAUCAUCUCGGGACCAAAAACUGACGAAGGAGACAUCAGACAGGAGAUCUGCUGGAGAUCAGAGCUGCGAAGAAACAAACUGAACUGAUAAAACAAAAUGAUGUUCUGAUCUGAAGAAAAUAAGCAUGAAGUUUGAAAGAUGUCAGAAACAGGUUUUACAACAGGUCAGAAACCUUUCAUUCAAUGAUAAAUCUGCUGCAGUUCACUGUCAUCACUCUGCAGAGUUUAGAUGUGAUGAGAAGUCAAACCAGGUUCAGGUGAUUCCAUCUGAUUAUACUGUAGUGAGAUUUCACAGAUUAACUGUGAGUUCAAACUGAUGGAGAAAAGUACAAUGUCGGUGCUUCAUAGAAUUGACUGAAUAAUGGAGGAUAAUUUCACAGAACUAAAAAAAGAAUUUUAUUAUAUCACAUUAUAUUAUACUAUAUUAUGCAUCUUUUUAUUCUCCUACUAGGGAUAAUCAGUUGAUUCUUAAAUGUUCAAAAAUUUAAAAAUGCUUAAUAUUUUGUAGUUUGGCAUUUUUUCAAGUCAUAUUGGGUUUUUCGUUUUGAUUUAAA